AUGCUGAUUUGCGACUACCUGGCUCCAAAUCCAGCAGACAAAGCCGUGGUGCCGCCUCUCCAUGAUGGCAGUGGUCGAUGCACGCAUUUGGGUGUAAACCACCCAGUCUUGGCCCGCUUUCUCUGCCCAAUCGGUGAGAUUGAAAAUUUCAAUGAGGACCCAACAAUUACAAUUGAAUGGCUGCAAAGCGGCAAAAUUCGCAUGGAGGCAGACGCCUUUCCGGCUUUUCUUUGGAAUGGUGAUCUGCCUGGAGGCAACUAUGACCCGGACAACAUGAUGGACGGUUUUCUUGACGGCUUUGUCCUUGAGCGUACCAUGAGACACAUAUUCACAGGCCCUUUGACUGUGUAUGGUGCGCAAUUGUGUGGGACACGUCCAUCCAAUGCUUCAUUGCACGCUAUGACUACUGUUGAACCACAACACAUUGCCUAUGGCUGUGUACAGGUUUGUGCUCGCAAGGGUGGCAGCGACUUGGCCUGCCUGCGCGCACAAAUGGCAGCUCACAAUGCUGCAGUGAAGACUCGCACUACGGACUCAGAGCGCCCAGCUGCACCUCUACCUCACCCAUUGCCCACUUGA